AUGCGAUGGCUUGUUGGAUUUGAUAUCCGUGUUACACUUUAUUCAAAAUAUGAUAACAAACAAAUACAAUGUGCAAUCUGCAAUGUGAAAAACAGAUUAUUAAAUCAUAGACCAAGCAGGGAUACAUCAUGUUACACAAAUACAGCGUAUGCCGGAUGCUCAAGUUCAAAUCUUGGAGCAGGUUUUGGAUCAUAUGAUGCUGCCAGUGCAGUACAGCAAUUUAUCCAUGAUCCUUGGGAUACUAAUGAAAAUUUAGGACAUAGAAGAUGA